CAGAAAGUAAACAAUAACACGCGGAAAAAUCACGAUUUGUUAAAAUUAUUAAUUUCAUUGAUUUAAAAUGAAUGAAUAUAGUACAGAAAAGUUUAUUGAGCAGUAUGAGCAUAUUAAGAAACUGGAAUUGUUGAGCGACAGUGAAUUAAAUCAAUUAAAGAGGAAAAGAGCACAUUUUGAAGUAGGAAUUAAAAGUGCAAAAGAUGUUAAAUCAUUUAUUGAAUAUAUCAAAUAUGAAAUAGUAUUAAUGAAGAAAUUUAUGCAAAUUGAUUACUCGAAUGAGAAUGAUGGCAGAGCAUUAGAUCGAGCAAUGUGUGUUCACAUUCGUGACAUUUAUAAGCAGGCAGUCCGAAGAUUCCAAGACAAUAGGAAAAUGUGGAGUUACUACAUUGAAUUUGCUAAAAUGAAAUUUCCAAACUCAGUUACAAGCAUCUUUCAACAGAUGCUUGGUUUUCAUCAUGCGGACAGUGACUAUAUUGAAGCUGCAAAUCAUGAAAUGGACAAACAAAACUACUAUGUGGCAAUUAAUUUUCUUAUUCAAGGAAUGAGUAAUGAAAAAAAGAACUCAAAACUUGUUGCUCUUCAUAUUGAAUGCUCAUUGAAGCAGGCUGAAGCUAGUGGCGAUGAAAAGUUUAAGGAAAGAAGUCUUGCGCAAGUAACAAAAUAUUUCGAUAAAUAUAUCAAAAGUACAAAAGAUGUUCAAAUUUACAUAGACUUGCUGAAAAAGAUACAGAACUUAACUUGCUCCAUAACCUUCCAAAAUCAAAUAUUACAAUAUUUACUAAUAGUGUUUUGCUCUCGUCCAGAAGUUUGGAAUCUUUUAGCUGAUCGUCAUCUUAAUGGAUUAUUUUUUCAAGAAAACAGCGAAACUGAAAAUUCGACAGACAUGUCAUUUAAUAAUCGUUUAAGACAUGCAUUAACAAUUUAUGAUAGAUCAUUGGAGAUGGUUGAUGAUAAAUUUAGGACACAAAUGUUUGAUUUCUAUUUAAAUAAGCUUAUGGAACUUGAUAUGCUAAAAACAAAUUUAGAUGACUACGGCUAUCAAUGCAUUAGAUCCGCAUUUAUAAAAACUUUAGAUGCUGGUUAUAAAAAAGACUGCCUUUCUGAAGACUUUUAUACUCAAUAUUUGAAGUUGUGCAUCAUGGACAGCAAGAAAUCUCGCGAAGAUAUUGAGGAAGUGAUUGUUAAAGGUUCACAUCUUUAUCCACAUUCAAUGGAAUUUUAUGAAGUUGCUAUCAAGUUCUAUUUCAAAAUUCAGAAAUAUGAAAAUAUUUCGUUGCUUUUUAAACAGUCUAUCAAAAAUAAUGAGAAAGAUGCAAUUCAUUUGUACGAGUUUUUGUGUCAAAUUUACCUGCAAAAUCCUGAAGAUAAGGAACGAUUGAUAAAGGCAAUGAUGGAAGCUAUUGCUAGUAACGAUAAGAAUCUAUCAGCAAACUUUCAGCCAUGUAUUCUUCAAUAUUACGCAUUUUCUGAGAAUAUUGAGAAAGCACGAGAAGUUUACACACAAAUGCUCAACUCUAAAAGUGUAAUUUCACUGUCCUUAAAAUUUUUCACUGCCAUGAUAGAAAUAGAAAACAUGCAAUUGAAACCUGAUCGAGCCAUCAUUUUUAACUGCUUUGAGCGUGCUACGAAAAUCUUUGGGAAAAAUCAUCCUGACAUUUGGAUCGAAUUCAUCAAAUAUAACUGGGAAUUGGGAAAAUUCUCCGAAGCUUAUAGUCUCAAAAAACGUGCUAUAGAAUCCAUGAAAGGCGAUUUAAGAGCUGUCGAAAAAUUUGAACUUAAAUAUGUAAUGUUAAGAAACAAACUUGGAAUGAAUGAGGACAUUAAGGAAGAAAAAAUGUAGAAAUAAAAUUAUUGAGCUUAAAUAAACUAUUUUUUCUUAUUAUUU